AUGGCAGAUCCGGGCGACAUUUUCGGUAGCGGAGCGGAAAGUGAUGAAGAAAGUCAUGGAUCUAGAUCCCCUGGAAGUGGAAGCCCAGGGAGUCACCAUUCAGGAAGUCCAGCUGGCAGUCCAGCAGGAUCAGGAAGUCCAGCUCAUAGUGGUUCACCACAGAGAAGUGGAUCUGGAUCACCACCGAACAGUCCUGGAGCUAUGUCUGGUUCCCCAGCAAGCCAUCACUCUGGAACUCCAGACAGGAGUCAGUCUGUAACUCCUGCAGGAUCACCAGCGUCACACAGGUCAGGUUCACCAGCUCGAUCAGGAAGCCCAAGAAGUAGGUCAGGAAGCCCUGUUAGAAGUAGGUCAGGGUCCCCAGCAAGAAGUGGAUCAGGAUCACCAAGGAGUGCAUCAGGUAGUCCAGCCAGAAGUGGAUCUGGAUCACCAGCUAGGAGUAGAUCAGGUAGUCCAGCAAGAAGUGGAUCAGGAAGUCCUAGAAGUAGGUCAGGUUCCCCUGCAAGAAGUGGUUCAGGUUCACCAGCAAGAAGUAGGUCAGGCAGUCCAAGAAGCAGGUCGGGUAGUCCAAGAAGUAGAUCAGGUUCUCCAGCAAGAAGCAGGUCUGGUACACCAAUGGCCAGAAGCAGGUCAGGGAGUCCAAGAAGCAGGUCAGGAAGUCCCAGAAGUAGAUCAGGAAGUCCCAGAAGUAGAUCAGGGAGUCCAGCUAGAAGUGGGUCUGGAUCCCCUACAAGAAGCAGAUCAGGCAGUCCAGCCAAAAGUAGAUCCAGGAGCCGGUCACGGAGUAGGAGUCCAGGGCGGGGUUCAGGGAGUGACAGUGGGUCAGACAUUGGAAGAAGGAAGAAAAAAAAGAAAGUGGGCUCUGGGUCAGACUCAGAUGAUAAUAUGGGUGCCACGGUGGGGAACUUGUUUGGGGACGCUGAUGACAUCAGCUCAGACGAGGAGGAUAAGGCCAGGAAAUCAGAUGCCGAGGAUGAAGGGGAAAGAUCUGAUCAAGAAAGACAGGGUCCUGUUAUUGAUGAUGAAGAUGAGGAACAAGUAGAAGAAGAGGCUCCAGAGACGAGGAUUGAGGUAGAAAUUCCUCGAAUUAUGACAAACCUUGGGAAAAUUCUGCACUAUGUCAAACUGCCAAACUUUCUCAGUGUGGAAACAAGACCAUAUGAUAACCAGACUUAUGAAGAUGAAAUUGAUGAAGAUGAAGUCUUAGAUGAAGAAGGCAGAGCUCGUCUAAAACUAAAGGUAGAGAACACAAUUCGCUGGAGGAAGAAAUUAAAUGAAGAUGGUACAGAGGCAGUGGAUGAGUUAGGGAACCCAGUACGUGAAAGUAAUGCUCGUGUAGUCCGCUGGUCAGAUGGCAGCAUGUCUCUCCACCUGGGGGAUGAGAUCUUUGAUGUACACACGAUGCCAAUACAGGGAGACUUCAAUCACUUGUUUGUAAGACAAGGAACGGGGUUGCAGGGACAGAACAUUUUUAAAACCAAACUGGCAUUCAGGCCACAUUCAACAGAAUCCUUUACUCACAGAAAGAUGACCUUGUCUCUAGCAGACAGGUCCACCAAAGCUCAGAAGGUCAAGGUCCUUCCCAUUUCAGGUCGUGACCCUGAUGCACACAGAAGUGAAAUGAUCAAGAAAGAAGAAGAAAAGCUCCGAGCCUCUAUUCGAAGAGAAAGUACAAGGAGGCGAAUGAAAGAAAGAAGUCAGCAUCGUGGUUUGAAUGCACGGUAUCUAGAGGACGGGGAGGAUGAUGAUGAGGGAGGUGUGUCACUUAACGAGCUGAAAAAGGAGUAUAAACAGAAACGGGCUGACCGGUUCCAGACAAUUUACUCCUCAGACAGUGAUGAUUCUUACUCGGAGGGGGAGAAAUCAGGGCGUCUGAUGAGGGCCAAGAAAGGCGGAAGUGAUGAGGAUUCUGAGGAAGAAAAAGGUCCUAAGAAGAAGAAAGCACGAAUUGUGGAAAGUGACAGUGAAGAAGAAGGGGGAGGGGCAUCUCAAGAGGGGAGUGGUGCUCAAAGCGAGGGAUCCAAUAAGGGCAGUGAUAUGGAGGAUGAUUGACAGGUUAUAUCAGGAGUGUGGGAGGAGCUUUUAUGUACAUAAGUCACCGACUUAAAUCAAGUUCAACUUGUGACAGACUGGAACAGUACUUUCUAACAGGAUGUUGGUGAAGUCAAAGUGCAAUAUAAGGUCCAACUUUGUGACAGUGAUGUUGUUUGCCUUGUAGAGUUAUGAAUUUAAACAUCAGAAUUCUUUUUAGUCUUAUAAACAAUCCAAAAAUGUCCAUGUACAUGUACUACAGUUUAUUAAAAAGUUGUUUGGAUCACGAGACAAUGAGAAUAUGUUCAUAGCAAAAUCCAACACAAUUGUACAUAUACAUUUACAGUAUUGUGUAAAUAAAUUCAUGUCAUGCAUCAAGAAUAAAACCAGGAUAGAAAAUGA